AUGGGGUGUGGUCAGAGCAAAAUUAAUCUCUACCCAAGAAGGAAUAAGAAUGGCGGAAAAGGGAAUAGUGCCAAAAAGUCAGGUGCAGCAGAUAAAGAAGCAGAUGAAGAAGAAGGCAGUGCGGGAGGUGCGGCUCCCGCUGAUGAGUCUGAAGAGGAAACAGAACGAGUCAAGCAUAUCCUACCCCUUUCGGCGCAACCACAAACCAUUGAGGUGUCAGCCAGCCAACAGGAUUUCUUUAAAAUGCUUGAUGAAAAAAUCGAAAAAGGCAAAGAUUAUGACUCAUCCAGUGAAACCGAGGUCCGCUUAGAACAAGAAAGGCGCAAAAUGUUAAUAGAGCAAUGGCGAUCUGUAUCACAGUCGACGCAAUCCUCUCAAUCACAGCCUAGUCCCCCAACACCUGCUAGAAGGCGUGUUUCAAGGCCGAUGCCUCAGCCACCCGAACGCCAGAAUAGCCCCGGAGCCGUUAGAAGGUGUUACAGACAACAACAUGUGCCAGAAGGUAUGUCACCGCCACCAAGAAGAGCACACAGCGCUCACUCUCAUCAUCCGCCAGAUCCUCGACAAGUCAAUGGAGACAACUGGCAUGACCCAUCUAAGUCACCAGUAAAACGCCCACAGAGUGCCGGUGCCAAUUGGAAAGGUAAUCCAAAGGUAGCGCCCUAUAAUCAGAAAGCAAAAAAGACUGAAACGAAUGAACACCAAAGAAUUAGCCAAAAAGAAGUUGAAGGGAUUAGUCAAGAUACAUCUCAAAUAACUUAUAAUCCAACAUUCCAAAGCCAUAGUCCAGCGCAUUCUGCUAAAAGCCAACAACCAUACAUUGCGCAAAUAGUUAGUUAUCCAAAAUCGCAGCAAGUAACCCCUCCAUCUACGCCAAAGUACAUAGAGCCUCCAGAAGAAUAUCAAGAUCCCCAGAAUAAUGUUGUUGACAACAAAUACAACAAUGCACAGAAACAAGUACCGCCGACGCAACCAAGCAACCAGGCUCACAUCUACUAUAUUCAUGGUAAUACGACGGCCAGCUUUUCCCAAGAUCUGGUGCAGCAAAGACAACAAACCGCUAUCCAUUUACAACAGUACGUUGCAAUGAAACAAGCGCAGCAACAGAUGUAUACAUAUUUGCAAAGAGGGCCCCACACGGUUUUCCCUAACGUAGACUAUUCGCAGACUCCGAGAAUGUAUGAAGGCGAGGAGUUUACUGCCCAAUAUGGACACCCCGUUUUAAGGCCACAUAGUGCCCCUGCACCUGUUGGUGUUGUCAGGCCUAUGCCUAUUGCGCCAGGUUACAAACCUCUACCCGAUGGUAUGCAUAUGGUGCAAAUGCCAAUGUGGACACAUAUGCCGCCAGUAGUGUCAACGAUGGGUCCGUGGGUCCAAGGACAAGUCCCACCAGAACUGCAGUACUACCCACAAUCGCAGUUCUAUCCAAUGUAUCGGCCGCAUUCGGCAGGAUCAGCAGGAACAUUGACAAGAUAUCACAAGAAAGAAGCGAGUGAUAGUGACGUGAAGAAUGUGUGCCAAAGUAUAAACCUCGUGAGACAGAAGCAAAUUGGUCAAAUAGUGUCUAUACCAGGACAGGAAUUGACUGUCUGCAAUAGCGCCAGUGAUAGCCCAAGUCCGGCAUCAGUUAGCACUGAUAGUGGUGUCUCGCCCGGAAACAGUGUUCCCAGUUCGAAGAACUCCGUAUUCAACGCAGCAGCAAUGGCAGCCACGGACAAUUUGAACAAUACCGUAGACAAAAGCAAAAAAAUAAAAUCGAUGCCACACAACGCGAGGUCGUUGAAAAAUUCUAGAAGUUUAGAUUCUUAG